AUAACCCAAGGAUCUAUUCUCGCGAUACGCACGCAGCUCUCCUAAUACAAGUACUGUAUCUAUGCCCUCUAAAGGACUGUGCGCUAUCCUUCUUAGCAUGCCCAGCUCAUGAGUUGGACACGGCUAUUGAGCGCAAAGCUAACUACCAAGAACAGCAGGCGACCAGAUCUGGUACGAAUCGGCGGCGCAUCAUGGGAUGACCUUCAGAAACUGGGCAAACGUCAGCUCGAAGACUUAGACGCUGCUCCCGACACCCACACCAGAAAGUUGCUCAGCGAGGUGGAAUUACCCAUUGAUGUAUUUGCAAGGGUGAAUUGUGAAGAACAUCGGUCAAACACAGGUACAUAGGUGUGUAAAUCACGUCGUUUCCUCUUCGUAGGACGCACAAAAGUAUAAAACGUUACAGAC